ACUAUGAACACACACAGACACACAUACACACCAACCGUGAUACAGAAACAAAUACAAAUACAAACACAAAAACAUAAACAGAAAGAUUCAAUUGAUACUCAACUUGUAUAAAAUGAUGCAGAUCAUAUCUAUCUGAUGGUAAUCAAUUGAUGCAUAACUUGUUAUUGUAAAAAUGGAUGCAGAUCAUUUCUGCUCUCUGUCUGAUGAUCACUACUACUACUACCAAACAAAACACAAAUCAAAAGGAAGACAGAAAGAUAUGAUGGAAAAUAAAUAGCAUUUAUGAAAAGUUUCCACAUCCUGUUCUGACAUUUAUCUGAGGGAAAGAGUUCAAGCUGUUAAUUUUAUAAAGCUAUAAAAAGAUAAAAACUUGUCAGGGUUCUCAGCUCUGCCCCAUAUCAUUCCAUGUCCGUGUCCCACUUAGCUUCGAGAGCUGAUUAAAUACUUUUUGAAAACAUUCAACUGAUUGGUCUGAUUCUUCUGUCCCGUGCAAUCCCUCAACCAACCGGCAGGGAAUUCUGUAUAUUUGGUAGAUUCUUGUGGUUGUCACAGACAGUAUAUUGUAUGCAGUGUUCAGUGUUUUUGGUUUUGACACGUAAACUUCACAACAUGGGUGGUCAAAUCAUGGAGGAAAUGUACGUACAGUACAAUUCAUUAAUUGUGAAAACAUUAUGUGUGUGUAUCACUCAUGUAAGAUGCGCAGAACACAUUUAUUAAGUCGCUUGUUUUGACAUAUUUCACUCAAAUUUGUCCUGGUGCAGUCCAUUAUAUGAUUAGCAUUUUUUUUUGUGUCUCUGCUAAAUAUGGGACUUUAUUACUGACAUUUGAGGCAUGGAGAACGAGGAAAGAGUUAUUUAUUUAGGUGAAAGUUGAAAGCUAGUCUGCUUACAUAAACCCAGAGUAGGAGCAGGAGCAUAGUUCAUGGUUAACAUUAUGAAAUUUGUAGGUUAUUCCGUAGCCAGGCAAAGUCCAUCAAUUGAAUACAACAAUAGUGUCUGAUUAGAAAUGCUACAUACCGCAAACUGUACACUACACACACACACAUACGCACGUUCACACACACACACACACACACACACACACACACACACACACACACACACAAACACACACACACACACACACACACACACGCGUGUGUGUGUGUGUGUGCGCGAUUACUUUGAUUUACUCUAUUUAACAUGACAUUAUACCAUAGAUUAUUUGAAAUUAUUAGUACAUUUAUGCUAUUAUUUCAGCAAAUUACAAUUUAGAUAUUAUUCAAUAACAAAAUACUAUUGUUAGAUAUUAUAUCUAUCUAUCUACUGAUUACGUCAUACAAAUUAUAUUCAAUAAUAAUACACAAAACAAUAUCGAUAAAUAUAAUGCAAAUGUGUAAGACCCCAUAAUAGAUGUAUAUUCAUUUUCAAGGUCAACAUGUGAUAACAAUGUUAUCACUGAUGCUGAAAAUUAUACAAUCCGAAGACAAGUAUGUAUCUCUCUUAUGUAACCAAUAUCUUACAUUUUACGUAACCAAGUCAGAGAUACAGGCUACUCUAUAUACUAGAUAUACUUAAGUGAGGGCAACAGGUGCACAGCACAUCAGGUCACGUCGCUACAACGUAUGCCUAAAGCAGAGUCGCAUCAUCGAGAAUGUGAAGCCAAAUCAUUAAUCAGUUUCAUGGUGGGAUUGAGAAGAACAAAUACUGUAAUCUGACACGGGAAAUAGGAGCUUUCUGCAGGCCCCAUUUCUCUCUCCCUCUCUCUCUCUCUCUGGGCCACGCUCACCACUUUCACGUCAUUCUACCUCACAGGGUUUAUAAAUCUUUCAACAGGUGACCAAGUGAAAGUGACCAGAGUGCCAGAGAUCCUCACCCGCCCCUUACCUUCCUGCCUUGGUUGGAUCAGUCCAAGACAGCGCUCCAGCAGUGAGGGUGUUUAAGCAGGUUCAUGUAAAAUGACAGAUUAGAGAAGUAUGGGUCAGCCAUUGCGUUGCUUAACAGAUUAUAAGGCCGCAUUGCGGAAUAAUAUAGAAAAAAUAGCAUUUUCCAUGCAGCAUGGGUGAGUCAGGACAUUUAAAAUACUCCUUAAAGAUAUUAAAUAGAGCCCAGCCUAAUCCUAAGAAGCUCUGCUUGUCUUUUCCUGCAGCGGUUCAUGAGCUAUUGUUGCCUGAAUAGAGCAACAAUGCUGAAGCCAAAAGGAACUAAGGGAUUCUGGUGUCUUUGGGUCGGUGUUCUGGUCCAAGGAAGCAACCUCGGAGGAAACAGCGACCACCAACAGAGGCCUCUCUGCCAUGCAGGUUCAUACUGUCCUGUGGGGACGUCACGCGCCACUCUCUGUCCCGAGGGAAGCUACGGCCCCAGUGAUGGUGCUGUCUCAAGCGAGGGCUGUCUGAGCUGUCCCUCGGACCACUACUGCCCUAGAGCAGGCCUAGAUGCCCCACUGCCCUGUGGCGCAGAUGCUCACCAGCCCCUCCCAGGGCAGAGAGUCUGUAUCUGCCUGGGCGAAGGACAGAGCUUCCAGACCAGCGAUGGCCAGUGUCGCUGUGCUCUGGGUUAUCAACCCACCAACCAGAGGAAUGUGUGUGUGGAGACUCUGUAUGACGUUUGCAGUGACAGAAAAACCCGGACUCAGUAUGGAAACUGUCUGGGCAAAAGUCAAUGGGCACUACAUUGUAGCCAACAGGUGUGUCUCUCUGUGGAGGACUACCAGGGCUACGACGGGGAGUUGGGUGUGUGCACGUGCAGAGAAGCUCCGGGAAGAACCUCCUGUGGAAGCCUAUGUAGGCGCGGCCCCAGCACUAAGCUAAUGCUUCAGUGCAGCGCCAAUGGAGAUCUAGAGUUAGCAUGGCGCUAUGAUACACAUCAGGCCUCCGCCCUCUCCGGCAGUCUGCUAGAGAGUGUUUUUAAACGCUGGGACUCCCAGGGGGCUCUGCUUUGUCAGAGACUCGACGCGACGCACUCGGUACAUGCUGUGGAGACGACGGUGGCAGGCUUUCUUGGCCUACUCAGCGGCAUCCCAAAGGAGCUACAUGCAUUGUUCCCCACUGGCAGACAGGACGAGCGUACAGGACUGGAAGUGCUAGAAACAGAUAAUUACUUGUUUUCAAAUGGGGAUUCUGAGGCUACAACGCAUGGGCAUCAAGAUAAAAACACCAGCGAUGAGGGCGGAGCCUCAAGUAAUGUUGGCUGGGGCAGUUUAAAUGACGUGCCUGCUGUCAGUGGGGUCAUGAACCCCACAGCGUGUCUCCAGCUGGGGGACGUCUUGCUCUUCACUGUCACCACACACUACUACCCCCAGUAUGACAUUGCCAAUCUCUUCAACACAAACCGUGAUUUCGACUGGGGUGUAUUUACCCUGCUGGCGGACGAGCUGGCCCUGUCCUCGCCUCCUCCCACCCUGUUUCCCCUGGUAUUCAGCAUGCCUGGAACAUAUGUCCUGAAGCUUAGCAGCAAUCAGUACAAACACAUGUAUGUGCGGGUGAUGCCAGCCGGGGGCCAGUGUUACGAGCCAGAGCCUUUUUUAGAGACCUCACCCGGUCACCUGACCAGGGUCGGCAUCAGGAGGAAACACGCCCUGCUACUGCGACCUGAUUGGGCGAUCACAGGCGGACUGCUUUCCGGCGCUGUGCUGCUCAUGUGUUUGUGUGUGACAAUGCUAGUCCUGUUUCGUGAAUACGGUUGGCCAGAGAAGAAGCCAAUCAAUGCGAUGUACCGUGUGACAUCGCUGGCCUACUGCAUGGCGGAUUACUCUUCAAAGGGUUCAAGGUUGACAUCAUUCAAAAGGACCCAUAGAAACCAGCAAGCCAGAGAGACACAAGAUCCCAUAGGGUCAGUGGGGUGUGCGGAGCCGACCGAUGAGUUCUGGGAUUAUGAGAAGCAGGUGGACCUGGAAGCCUUCAGCACCAACACCUUUUAUAACCUCCUGCUGAAGCAGAGCCUGUCCGUCACGUCCCGCCUGGGACAGCUCACCACCGAGGUGAAGGAGCUGUACCAGGGGGUGCUGGAGAAACUGAGCUCGCUCCGCCCACACUUGCCCGUAGAGGAGAGGGGAGCAGAAGGCUACGACAGGCUCAGGAGGGAGGUGGAGAGAGAGGCUGGACGCCGGCAGUCCAAGGCCACGCAGCUCAGGGUACUGCUUGACUUUCAACUGCAGGUGCUCCAACAAGAGGGUCAGAUCCAGAAGAGGGUCCACAAUGUGUUCACAGCCCGCCUGAAGGAGUGCACCAGGCUCCUGGCCAGGACCUGUAACCCUCCCCAGCUCCUUGGGGAAGAAGCCCUUCCAAGUGUGGUGCAGAGAGUGUUGUCGCUGGUGGAGGAGAUGGAGGAGCUGUUGUCUGCAGAGUCCAAGCGGCUGGGGGCCUGGGGAAUGCUGGGAGAUGGUACAGGGGCUAGGCUACUGUGCCCAGACACCGGGACGGUGCUCACGAAGGAGCACAUUAUUGAAACAGGGGGUCAGCACAAAAUGGCCGCCAAACAAAACUCAACCCUAGCAAACAACCAGGAAACACUGUACUGCUCCUCUGCAGGUCGUGCGGGGGAGUCACUGAGAGAGGGAGCGGUGCAUACUGAUGCAGUGACUGGUCUAAUGAGGCCUGCUCCUAACUGCCAUAUGUUGCUAGGGGGCGGACACAUCAUGCCAGUGCCCCCCGACUACUUCCUUCACCCCCACACGGGCAGGGUCAUGCCCAUACAUGGCAAUGUGGCCUAUGACCCUGCCUGUUCUGCUCUUGUAUGCACUACCGACCUGUGCAGAGUAAAACCAGACGACAACAGGAAGUGUGAGGUCCCGCUCCUGCCCUUCGUUCCCUACCCAACCUUGCGCCACUCCAACCAGCCCAUGCCGUGCUCCAAGCUCAGAGGCCUGAGGCCAGGCCAGAGACUGCAGCUCGGGUCCCCCAUGGCAGACCCGGUCACUGGGGUCCCAGUGCCCAUCCUUGGGGUCACCAUCCACCCCCAGAGUGGGCUAGUGUACCCACUGGGAGGGCUGUAUGCCUGCCCUCUCACUGGGCUCCGGCAGCACAUACAGAUGGGUUCACCCUUCUUGGACCCGCGUACAGGCAGCAUGAUGCUGACCACCGGAGUCAGCCUGGACCCAAUGACAGGAAUAGUUGUGCCAGUGGGCGGGGUUGUCCUGGCUGAUUCAUUCAUGGAGCCUAUGAGUGGACGGCUGGCGAGAGUGGGUGGGGCCAGUUUAAGGGCGGGCCAGAUGGUGCCUCACGCAGGAGGAUUUCAGGCAUUCCUUGACAGCAAGGUCCUGUCAUCCCGGGCCACAGUGCUGAAUCUCUUGAAGGGUCUGACAGAGGGCUGGACGUCGGGCAGUGAGAGGGGGCAUGCUGGCAGCCAUGUUGACCAUGUGAAGGCCGCUGCCAGGGAUCUGGAGAUGGCCUGGGGGAGGAGCCUUCACUGCCUGCUGCAGCUGCAGACACGCCUCCAGAUCCUGAUUGACUGGAGCGCUGGCCUACAGAGGGACGGGGGCACUCUGGGCCUCAUGCAGCUCCCAGGAUGUGACAUGUGUGUGACAGCUCUGCUGGGGCUGGAGUACCCCGACCCCAUGGGGUCUGGCCUGAGCGUGCCGGUCCUGGGCUCUCAGGUCGACCCCCUCACUGGGUCCACAGUGCCUCUGGCGGGGACCAUGGAAGACCCCAAUGGAAAAGGACUGGUACCCAUCCGGAUCGGGGCUCUGACCGUGGACCCGGUCACUGGGGUAUUGGCGCCAGUCGUCGGCGCCAGGUUGGACAUGUCAAGAAAGAACAUUGUUCCAGUAACAGUGUCCAACUGGACGGCCGCCUAUGAUCACACAGAUACCGUCCAGAUGGAGGCUCUGCAGAAGGAAGUGUUUUUGAGGAGUCAGUACUGGCAGCAGCAGGGCCAGAGGGAGGAGAAGAUCCUCUCUGAUCUGGACAUGGCUCUGCUCCACUUCCUCGGAGAAGCCAUGCAAGCUGGCUCCGCUCAGACCAACUGGACAGAGUCGGGUCGGUGUCUGCGGGAGGUGGGGGUGGAACUCCAGGAUGACGCCCAGUGUGAGGCUCAGAGGAGGGUGGUGCAAGUCGCAUUCCUGUCCCUCCUGCUGCCAACUCCUGUCCUACACAUCCUCACACAGGGGGACGAAGAGGAAUGGGAGCUGCAGUGUGUCUGGCACUCCCAGCUCAUGUCGUGCCUGGACAGCAUUGAGGUCACGAUGGAGCAAUUGCACUGCGGUCAGGAGAAGCAUUUCCCGAAACAGGAUGUGGACUGGGAUCUGAGACAGAAGGAGCUCUCACAGCAGUUCUGCUCCAGACAGGCCGAGGUGGAGACAGUUUUGAGCAGCCUUCAGUCCACGCGUCAUCUCUCCCUGCUCCGCUCAGACACUGCACAAGCUGUGUUGGGUCGUAAAUUCUGGUACAAGCACUAUGGGCUGCCCCACCACGACAGACUCAGAUCGGAUGUGAGGGUGGUUGGCUUGGCUCAACAGAAGGCUCUGCCCAUCCUGGAGAGGCUCAGACAGCUGCUGGAAGACAAACAGCCCAUGAGCCUCUCCCCAAGCACCUACUGGCAACACAUUGGCGGUCUUUCAACCAAACAGGCGUACGGGUUAGAGAUGUCUAGAGCGUGGACAGCCUCUGUGCCCGUGGUGAAAGGAAUCUCUUCCCAGUCUUUGAGGGAGCAAAUCAAAUCACAGUCCCAAGAUUCGGCACUGCCCGCCAGUCCACAGACCAACCCCCACACCGCAUCAUCUGGAAACCCUUGUCAAGAGAACCAACCGAUGAAAGCAUGUGGCCCGCCCACUCAUGUGUGUGUUCCUACAAUUGCAGAGGAGGAGUGGGAUAAGCUGCUCCAGCGAUCUCCUCUCUUCCAACUGCUGAGGAAGGUGGAGCUCGGUUUGAAAGAGCAGGCUCUGGAUGCAGGCUUUCUAAAGGGAGAGUUGCGCAUAGAUGAAAGCAGCAGAUUUGUCGAUGUGCUGGAUGCUCAGUGGGCUUGUGAAGGAGAGCUCAUCCCUCUGGACGUGCAGACUCUGAACCCCAGAGAGUUCCUGGCCUACCAGCACGGACUGUUCCUGCUGAAGUUGCUGCACACUCUCAAACUGGGCCCAGGAAUUUCCCUUCAAGUUGCGGCUAGUCUCCCACACAACAACUAUGCCGACAAUGCCUUCAGAAAUUCGUUUUUUUAUCAGGAUGCAGAGGAUAGGCUCUUUGUGCGACGGCAGAGGCUCCAGUGUGUCGGAGGAUUCUCUCUGCUCCUGCUCCACUGUCUGUCUCACAUUUCCGUUGGAGACAUGAGCUCUGACUCCAGCCCGGCCUUCCAGAGGCUUUUCUUCAAGUCGCUCCAGGUCUGUCUCGGGGAGCUGUUUCAGGCCAGAUUAGGCAAGCUCUCCUCUGGACAGGACGCCGUCUCGGGGGCAUGGUCACCAUGCCAAGGAGAUUUUCCCACCACUUUCCUAAUAGACAGUCAUCAAACACCCAGCAGAGGAGUGCCCUCUCAACAUGAGGAAACCGCGCCCCAGAAGAAUCGUUGUGAAGAAUCUCUGUUCAACCGCAUUCAGGAACUGUUACGGGAAAAGCAUUAAACAACCUGUUUUAUUUUGGUUUUGGAAAUGGUACGCGUCUUACACCCUAUUUCAGAAAAGGGCCAUUCCAUGGCGUGUGUGGACCGAAAAAAAAUGGUGGUGGCGCAAUCAUGAAGGGCGGCAGCAUGAGCCGGCGUACUACAUAUAACAAACUAUUGUGUUAAAUGUUCUUUGGCUUACUAUAAGUAUCAAGCAAGAGGUUUGAAUGUUUUUGGACACACAAAGAUGUCACUGAAAUCCACCUUAUGGCCGUGAUUGAUGAUGACACCCUCCCACAAAGUUAUAUUUAUCCAGAAAGUGCAAUAUGUGUUGUAUAUAAUUGUAAUAAUAAUGAAAUAAACCUGUUUAUUUAAAAAACAAAA